AAUUGAAAAGAGUAAAAAUAUUUUAUUUUUCUCUAUUUCAGCACUGUGCGAAUUUUAAGUGAUUUAUUGAAAACGGAAUUAUAAAUUCAGAAUAAAGGAAAAAUGAAUUACCGUUUGCUGUUUACUUUUUGCAUUCUUCUAUCAACAUUUUUGAACAUUCAAGCAAGUCCAGUGAAGAAAUUAGAAGGACCAAAAAAAAUAAUUAUUGACACGGAUGGAGGUGGCGAUGAUGUUACAGCAAUUCUUUUGGCAUUAAAUUAUGAAGCAAUGCACAAGGAUAAGAUAAAAAUAAUUGCAAUUACAUGUGUAUAUGGGAAUACUGAGGAAGUAAACGUUGAGCUAAAUAUAUUGAAAACAUUAACUGUUGCAAAAAGGAGUGAUAUUCCAGUUUAUGCUGGCGCGACAAGAGCGCUAAUAAACUUUCGUAAGGGUAUUCCAGUUUUUGGAAACGAUGGACUUGGCGACGUUGUAUUUACAGAGGAAAUCAUAGCUGAAGUUAAUAGAUCUUCAGUAGCAGCUGUAGCAUUAAUGGAUUUAAUUAAAUUAUACCCUGGUGAAGUAACAUUAAUUGCAAUUGGUCCAGUAAUAAAUUUAGCCCUUGCCGCGAGACUUGAUUCAACAUUCAUGGGAAAUCUGGGUGAUUUAAUAAUAAUGGGAUCAUGCAUUGCUGGCAUUGGCAAUGAAAUGCCUAAUGUUGAAUUUAAUUUUGCAAUUGAUCCCGAAAGUAAUUUUAUAGUGAUGAAUUCGACAACUAAACCAUGUACUCUUUUGCCAUGGGAAACUGUUCUUAAUUAUCAAGCCGGAAAGGAAUGGAGAAUGAAUGUUUUUGCCAAAUUGAAUUCGCCUUCGGUGGAAUUUUUAAAUAAAGUAGAAGCUGCAUUUUUGGCAAAAGUAACCAAAUGGACAACUGUGGAUACUGUUGCUGUUGCAUUUGCAAUUUGGCCGGAGAUAAUUAAAAAUUUUACAAUCACAAAUGUCACGCCUGUAUACGAUGGUGCUGGAAAGGGAUCAGUUCUCGUUGAUUAUAGAAAUAAGACCGGAAAGCCGAGCAAUGCAAAAAUAAUUAACUCCUACGAUGUCGAAAUGUUUAAGGAAAAAUUAAUUAUCUAUUUUUCCGAUCAGAAUAAAUCUGGAAUUGAUUUUGUUACAGCUGAAAAUAAACCAAUGUCAAAAGAACGUGGUGGCCACUACAAUAUUAAUUAAUUAUUAAAAAGAUAAUUAAUUCAGAUCUUCUGUACUUGCACAAUGAGAAAAUAAUUGCCAUUUACUUGUCAAUUAUUUUCAAUAAAAUGAAAUGUUAAACCAAA